AUGAACAAUCGAUCCCCUACCAAAUUGAGACGUGCGCUUUCCGGCAAGAGCGUGAAUCGUCGUUCAAACCCAGUGUCCCCCAAAAAGCUAGAUAAACUAUUAGUGGUAAGGUCAGGACCGGAAAGUCCGCUUCGCAAGCCCCUUUUGCAGAACAACUGUGACGGAAAAUUUGAGUUCUUUGAACAAACCGCUGCUGACCAGAAGACGGUAGACAGGCAGUACCAGAAACUGCGAAAGAACAAAUGCCAAAAAUUUCCUGAUAUUGAAAAUACCUCACAUAACAAAACUACACCUGAUGUAAAUCUUUCUGGUCAAGACUCGAGACUGCCGCUGGCGGAUUUAAAUGUUGAAGAGCACGCUGGGACUUGGGAGUAUUGUAUGAGUAGCAGCAGUCCGUCAAGAACCACAUCUGACUCGCCACUGAGGUCCACUAACUACCGCGACGUGGACUCAUCGUCUUUGAACUCCGUACAGAAACUUAUAUACGAAAAAUAA